GAUACGCCCACUUUCUGCAUUUAGUUUUCUAGCUUCCAUAGCUACCGUACCAUUUCUUGUCAUCUUAAAGCUGCACAGCUCAGUGAUUAUAACUAGAUAAAACUACAAACUAGCUAGUACUACGGCUAGUUCAGUCUACUAAGCAAGGAAUAGCUAGUCUGUAAGUAUCAACACAGAAGAUCAGUAGCUGGACCCAGGUGACACGCCCACUUUCUGUAUGACCACUUCUCUGCAAAGAAGGCAAGGUGCCCCGGGGCAGAGGCUUCACUCACCAGUCUCCCCCACACCUCAGUACGAUGCCUACGGCCCUCAACUGGGCCACCUGAGUGAGAACAUACACAGACUGCUCACAGAGAGGGAAUGCUCCAUCUUCGACCGAGGACUAGCUGACUAUCAUCGAAGGAGAAACAUCCGAUCAUUUGUUGAGUGUCUAAGUCUCGUAUUGAACAACAACCAGAAGAGGCAACUGUUGCUACCCAUUAGAGACUCAUAUGUGAAGCCGAGUGACCUAGUCAAGUUCAACCAGCUUGUUCAGGACCAUGGUCUGGCAACGUCUCUCAGGAGAAAGAAGAAAGAAGAGAAAACGAAACUCGGCAGUGGUGUACGUCGACUGGAGGUGAAGAGAGAUCCCAACGGAGAGUGGGGGUUCAGUAUUCGUGGUGGAUCGGAGCACGGUAUUGGUGUUUUUGUAUCAUGGGUGGAACCUUCCUCAGGGGCACACAAGAGUGGACUGCAAGUUGGAGAUCAAAUCUUGAAAACCAACGAUGUCAGUUUUGAGAACAUCAGCCACUAUGAAGCUGUAACGAUGUUGAAAGGAGUUAAGAAAGCUAGUCUGUGGGUCUUGUCUCGAGGAAGAGUUCCUAGCUCACGGAUGACUCACAAAGUGUACCGCUGGAUGUCCCCUGAGGGCAGGUCUGUGUCUCCACCCCCUGACCCCUUUGACCUCCAGGAUCAGACCAGUAUUGGAGAGCGAGGUGUGAUGAACGAGGCUGAUGAAAGAAAGGUUACUAUGGUAGUGGAGGAUGGGCAUGAGCUGGGUAUCUCAAUCAGAGGAGGAGCUGAGCACGGCCUGGGGAUAUACGUGUCUGUAGUGGAAGAGGACUCUGUGGCUGACAACUAUGGCCUCAAGCCUGGCGAUCAGCUCCUUGAAGUGAAUGAUGUUAAAUUCCUCAACAUAAUUCACAGUGAUGCUGCCAAUGCUCUCAGAGCUCAGCGCUGCAUGGUCAUGAAGGUCAAAGAUGUGGGGAAGAUACCUCAUUCACGAAUCACUACCUACGGUCAAACAGAGUGGAAAAGCCCAACAAUCAAGAGCUCUAAUGGACCCCAAACAUCAUCACCACCAGUGUUCCAAUCAGGCAUGGGAACACAAGUAAUGCAUGGGAAGCAGCAGACAGGCUCUAUACAAGGCAGGGGGCUCAUGAAUGAAGUGGCACGCUCAGUUCUCAAUACCCAAGAGCUCACAACCUUCAAUUACUAUGUGGACCAGUACGACCAACACAGCAUGUCGGUGGAAAAUUUAGUGGCUCCACUACUGGAUCUGCUUAACACUCCCGAAAAGCUUCAGCUCCUCUCAGAAGUUCGAGCUCUCAUAAAAGCACAUGAUUUGCAGCGUUUCAAUGAGCUUACAGUCCACAAGGAGAUCUCUUCAAAGAAAGGGUAUCGAUCUCACAAGGACACUAGCUUCCCUGAUGGCUCCAGUAAACCAACCUCCCCAGUUGACAUGGAUAGGACACCGGACGUCCACAAUGGCUCCGAUGAUUUCAUUCUCUCACCUCUUCCCAACAGUCCUAACGGCCAUACUAGGCCACAUCAGGGAAGUGACAUCUCCUCUGAGGAAGGAGGGAGAGACAAAGUACCACAGAAACUGUCCCCCCAGCGCCCUGGGGCCAAGGGAAUGUUCCACGCACCACCACCACCCUCCUCACCCCCUGCAACAAGCACGCCUGAUGGUCAGUCGUCUCUGGCCCACACUCUCAAGGAGAGACGACAGUGGAUGAGGGAAGGCACGAAGGAGCAGUCCAUGGAUGAAACUUGGGACGGCCAGUGGAACGACAGCUCCAUAAUGCAACAACAUAUGGGAGCUGAUGAGACUGAUGGUCCGGCAGACAUCUCUGAGAUAGAAGCAAAGGUCCGUAGUGAAACAGAGGCUCAGCUCCGGGAAGAGUUUAAGGAAGACAAGAGGAAGUUAAUGGAGGAGCAGCAACGUCUCUUAGAGCAGGAGAAACAGGACAAAGAAAUGACCCUUCGUCGUGAAAGAGAACAAUUUCAGAAAGAAAUGAGAGAGCAAGAAGAGAAGGUGAAGGCCGAGGUUGAAGAGAGAGUGAUGAUGGAAGCAGAGGGGAAGAUCAAGAGAGAGUUGGAAGUAAAGGAGAGAGAACUGACUGAGGAGUUCGCCAAAAGAAACGAAAGCCAACUGGAGCAGACGGACUUUGAAGAGCAGAUCAGGGAAAUUGAGGAGCGGACAAAAAUGGAAAUGGAAGAGAAAAUUUGGAAGGAAGCUGAAGAGCAACUGAGACAUGAGUUUGAUAUCAAAAUAGAAGAAGAAAAAACCAAAUUUCAGUCUGAAGCUGCUAGCAAGAGUACUAGUCCUGAAACCACACCUAACAAAGAAGCCGAAAAUCGUCUUCGCAGAGAACUAGAGCAAAAGUUCAAACAAGAGUACGACGAGAAAAUGCGAAGGGAGAGAGACAAGAUGCGAAAACAACAGCAAGAUGACAAGAAACGUAGAGAGGACGAAGAGAGAGCCAAACGACAGGACGAUAUCGCUCGAUUGGAGGCAGAAGAGCAAGAAAAGAUCGAGAAUGAAGAGAGAAUUAGAAAGGAGGCAGACGCAGCUGCUCGGGCAGAGUACGAGGUUCGGUUGCAAAAGGAGACAAUGGAGAGGGCCAAACUAGCAGAGGAAGUAAAGGCUCGUCGAGAAGCAGAGGAGAGGAGGGAGGCCAAGAUCAAGAAGGUCAAGCCACAGAUGGCCCAGACUCCUCCUGUCCAUGAGGACCCUGCUGAGGAGAGUGAAGAAGACAUGCCAGACACAGAGCCAAUGCACACCGGGCCUGCCUCAGAGGAGGAAGAGAAGAUGCUGGAAGUACAGCGCCGGCGACGGGAGGCAGAGGAACGAGAGGUGGAGAGGGAGCAGAGACGAAGGGAAGCAGAGGAACAGAGAGAGGCCAACCAAGCAUACAGCAAGCAGGAAGAGGAGAGACAAAAGAAGCUGGAACUGCAACGAAAGCGUGAGGAGAAUAUACGCAAACGUGAGGAAGAGAGGAAACAAAAGGACGCCGAAGCUAGACGCAAACGUGAUCAACAGAAGUCGUCCAAUCCCUCAAGCAGUACCCCCACCUCACAACACACAAAGCCAAAGACGAGUGAGGGAGAAACACGUACGAAAUCAAGGACUAACGAUGGCGAGACACGCACAAAGUCAAGGACUAACGAUGGCGAGACACACACAAAGCCAAAGACAACCGAGGGGAAACCCCAAAAGAGCAAACAGCAAGUUAUUGAGGAUGAACGACGUAAAGCUGAGGAUAAAUUGCAGAGACGUUUGAAAAAGGCCCAAGAGAAGAAACAAGCUGAAGAAACAGCGUCCGCUGGUGGGCAGGGUCAGUCAUAUGGCGGCUAUGAGGACCUGCAGGGGAGAAUCUUCAACGUCACGGUGACAAAGGUCUGCAAGAAGUUGGGUAUUGCUAUCGACGGUGGAGCCAAUACAAAGCAGAAGGCUGUCAUCGUAAGAGAGAUCUCUCCUGAGGGGUGUGCUGCACUGACGGGAGAAGGACUGAAGGUUGGUCAACAGAUCCUCUCUGUAGGAGGUCAGUGUCUCUUCAACCUGAGACACAAAGAGGUGGUGAUGGCCGUCAAGAGUGCCUUUGAGGGACCGCUACAAAAAACAUUGGAGUUAGUAGUGUUAGAUCAAGCAUAGAACAAAGUGCACCACAUAGCAUUGCUGUUUUAUCUCUUUGUAUACGUACAUAUAUAUACAAUACGUUUUAGAUUAUUUUUAUAAUUAUAGCUCAUGAUAAUAACUGCUUUUAACAUGACUGUGUACACCCGUGCAUUACGUAACCUCAACCAUAAAUGACCAUUAUCGCAUGACUGCAUGUAUAAUUUAUAUUAUUUUGUACCGAGAAACUGAGAA